AUGCCAUCGACGCCUGCCCAGCUGCUUCGCGACGCUGACAUGCUUUUGCAAGAGCUCUCAAUUAUUUGUACAGCCGCAUGCGCUCGGCGUGGCACCAAUGCUUUGCGAACCGCCACAAAGCGCAAAGUGUCGCCGGUCUGGAGUUCACCUGCUUCGCUCCGGGACAAGUUGAGUGUGCUGAAACAGCAAACGAGCAAUCAUCUACCUGUCCGUGCUGCCUGA